AUGCGGCUUUCCCUGGGAAUCGCAGCGAGCCUACUGGCUUUAACUGCGAGUGGUGCCACACUUGACCAUCGUCAAAGUAGCAAUGAUACAGACUACAAAGUUGGAUUCACUCCCUUGAAAACACAGUGGACUGAUACAGUCGGCACGAAUCCGUGGCCUGAAUUCCCACGCCCUCGUCUGCAAAGAUCAGCAUGGAAGAACCUCAACGGCGUAUGGCGAUACCGUAACACGGAUAAUACAGCAUUGAGCAACCCGCCAUUCGGUCAGAGACUGGAGAGCCCUGUCCUGGUUCCGUCGUGUCUUGAAAGCGCACUUUCAGGCGUGACGGGCAAGAAUCGCACCUAUAGUUGGUAUCAGACGUCAUUCGACAUACCAUCAUCCUGGCCUAGUGAGAACAAGGCUAUCUUGAACUUUGGCGCUGUGGACUAUGAAGCGACCGUUUUCGUUAACGGCAAAAAUGCUGGGUUUCAUAGGGGCGGGUAUUUUGAAUUCAGUGUCGAUACCACACCUUAUUUGAAAGCUGGUGGGGCGAACGAGCUACUUAUUCAUGUAUACGAUCCAACGGACUUGGGCGACAUUCAGAUCCCAAUCGGGAAGCAAACGCUGAAUCGAGGCGGAAUGAUCUGGUACACGCCCUGCAGUGGCAUUUGGCAGACCGUGUUCCUUGAGUCAACACCAACAGAGUACAUCGCAAAACUAGAUCUGGUUGCAGACAUGAAUGGACAGGUCAACGUCACAGUUCACAGCAGCACCAACUCUAGUUCUUCGUACGAGAUCACGAUCCAUGAGCAAAACUCCGAGGACACCAAAGCGACAGCCACUGGGUCUAGUGGCGCUCCCUUUACAUUCAAAGUCGACUCGCCUAGGUUAUGGACCCCGACUGAGCCCAACUUGUACAACAUAACGAUCAAAUUUGGCAGUGACACAGUACAAAGCUACACCGGAUUCAGAACCAUCUCAAGAGGCGUGAUCAAUGGCAUUCAGCGCCCACUCCUGAAUGGGGACUUUAUCUUCCCAUUUGGAGUAUUAGACCAGGGCUUUUGGCCAGACGGCAUUUACACUCCUCCCAGUGUGGAAGCAAUGAGAUACGACUUGCAGGUAUUGAAGCGCUACGGAUUCAACGCUCUACGCAAGCAUAUCAAGGUUGAGCCCGCGCUAUUCUACAGGGCUUGUGAUGAGAUAGGGCUGCUCGUCAUCCAGGACAUGCCGUCUCUGCGACCAGAUUUGCCUGAUCCAAACAACCAAUGUGGAUCCAUUCGAUUGAAUCCAGCAGCACAGCCCGAAUUCGACAGACAACUAGGAUUGCUUAUAGAGCAGCUGAAAAACUACCCGAGCAUCUUUGCAUGGACAAUCUACAACGAAGAGUGGGGUCAGGGAACAAGCGCGCCGUGGCCUGAGUUCAGACUGACAGAUUAUGUCCGCUCUCUCGAUCCGACUCGACUAAUCAACGCCGUCAGCGGAUGGACCGAUCAUACGGCGGGAGACUUUGACGACAACCAUCACUACUCUACGCCUCAAUGCGGAACACCCUUCUGGUCAAAGCAAGGCCCCGGCGCCGACUCCGCCUACGAUGCGAGACGUAUCGGACUACAAGGCGAAUUUGGCGGUAUCGGGCAAUACGUCGACUUUGAACACUCCUGGUACAAAGAUCUCGACCACCAAACCUCCUACGAACUAACAAACUCCACCUGGGCAUGGAACUAUCGCUGCCAAGACCUAAUGCGCCAGCUGCGCGAGCAAGUCGAGUUGUUCUCAUGCUCGGGCGGAGUGUGGACGCAGACUACAGAUGUGGAAGGUGAGGUGAAUGGCAUGAUGACGUAUGAUCGUGCUAUUAUUCGCAUGAAUGAGACGAUGUGGAAGGAGGAGACGACUAAGUUGUAUGAGGCAGCGGCAAGGAGAGCGAAUGAGUCGUCGAUUGCGGUACGGGGUAUGGGGUUGGAGGGGGUGCAGUAUGGGAUGCCUUGA